UCACACCAGGCGGAGACACGGAAAGAUGAGCUGGGAAUGCGUGGGGUGUCGGUGCGCAUUUUACGCGCCAGCUCAAAGCGGAAAUUCUGGCCGCAGCUGGAUCUCCUGAGACCUGGGCCAUGGCAGAGGAGCUUUUUAAAGUGAGGUUAAAGUUUGUGGACAAAGUGUCCAAGCCCGUCUUGACUCAGCUGCUUGACAUGCUUCUUCAAGACAAAGUUUUGAAUGAUGAGGAGAGAGAGUCAAUAUGCGAAGAAAAGUCAAGAGCAGACAUGGCCCGCAGUCUCAUCGACACCGUGAGGAAAAAAGGCUCCACCGCCAGCAAGAUGAUGAUUAAUCACUUUGAACAAAAGGAUCCAAUUCUUUUCUCUGAACUGGGUCUGUCCUGUCCGGAGCCAGCUCAGACAAAUUCACAUUCACAGAGAGAUGAGCCAGCAACAACUGUCCUUACCGCAGAGGAUUUCUGGAAGAAGACACAAAAUGAUCCAAAUGUUUAUCCUGUGACCAAAGCUUCUUACAAGAGUCGCGUAGCUCUGAUGAUCACGAACAUUAAGUUUUCUAAUGAGAAAUUGAACCGAGCAGGAGCUGAAAAAGAUGAGGAGAAUAUGGACAGACUGCUUUCAAAGCUCGGCUAUGAAGUGGUGAAACACAAAAGCCUCACUGGAAAGGCAAUUAAUGAAGCUUUCAUUGAGUUUACCAAACACCCCAAACUAAAGGAGACAGACAGCGUGAUCGUGGUUCUCAUGUCCCACGGGAAGCUGGGAGCUGUUCUUGGUGUUGAAUGGAAACAUGACGACGAAAAUCCAGACGAGUUUCCUGUCAACAGCAUUUAUGAACACUUGGGCCCAGAAAAAUGCCCAGCAUUGUUGGAUAAACCCAAAAUCAUCAUCAUCCAGGCCUGCAGAGGAGAUCAAACGGGAUCUGUGUGCAUCAGUGAUAGUGGAAACCAAGCUGAAGAGUUCCUACAUCCAGCUGCUGCAGGAGAUUUACUGGAGGACAACUUGAGAUUUGUGCACAAAGAGAAAGAUUUUAUUUCACUUCUUUCCUGCACUCCCGAUACUAAGGCUUUCAGGUGCCGAGCUCGUGGGUCCCACCUUAUCCAGUAUAUUGUUGAAAUAUUCAACACGGAUGCAGAUACACUGUACAUUCAGGAGCUCUUCAGAAAAGUGAUGCUCCGCUUUGAAAGCUUUGCAUUCAAACACAACAGACAGAUGGCGACCAUCGAGAGAUGCACGCUGCUAAAGCAAUUCUACUUCUAUCCAGGCCUUGGAGACACAAACCAUUCAUGAUGCAAAGUUUACAACAACACCUCUAAUUAUGCUUUAAAAUUCUUGACCUGCAAAAACUGAAUCUUAAGAAAUUAAAAAAGCCCUUGUUUCAAGAAGAAAUUCUUGUUUUCUGUCUUGCAAAUAAAAUAAUCCCAUCAAGAAAGUUUUUUAUUCACAAAAUAAUCUUAGUUUGAGAAAACGUGGUUAGAAGUUUUUCUUAAAAAAGAUUUCUUGGUAAGACCAAUUUUCUUUACUCCAUUAGCAGAAAUGUUUUGCAAAAAUCUACCAAUGAGGUAAGAAUUGUUUAGAUUUAUUUCUAAGGGGCCUGUUUUUGCAGUGUGCCAAAAAACAAAAAGCCUAUGAAGAUGAAAUGAAAUGUCUUUGUAAUCUUUCAUUUUUAAAAAUCUUUAUUAAUAAAAUUAUAGAUAUCAUUCAUGCUCAGAAAGGAAAAACCUUUCCAAAUCGCUCUCAAAGUGCUGUGGCUCGACCUUAGAACUGACAGACUGUGUUGCAGGCUACAACUUUACCAAAAACAUGCACACAUGAGCUGAAAAAUAACUGUUUCUUUUAAAUAAAAUUUAUCUUAUUAUAGGGAUCUUGCUUGAGCUCUGUGGUAACGUAUUCCUGGAGUUUGUGAUCUAGGUUUUGACCAAUAAAAAGAAGAAAAAAAUA